AUGGGUGUCAUAGAUGAAGAGUACUUCUAUAAGGAGAAGACUGAGCUUUCCCCUGAGGCUCAAAAAGACGCAGAUCUCAUCUGCGAUAACUUACGCAUGAAAUUUGUCAAAGACUGGGUGCUUAACAAGAAUUUAGACACCUAUAAAACAGAUGCUGAAAGAGAUUGGGCUUAUAUUGUAAAGAGGGAGUACAGAUUUGCAGUGCUUUUGAGAUCGUUUUUUGAUGGAAUGUUCAUAGGCAAUCUUGUGCAGCUAGGCUUGAGCUGGAGCCUCAAGCGGCUUGUAUUUUCUCCUCUUUUUGUAACUUGGCCAGCUGUUUAUUAUUGGCAAAUCGGAAAAAGGUUCAAUCAACAUAAUAGAAGAUUUUUUGAAUUGCUAAAUGUGGGCACAGAGUUUGAACUUGGAGCUGAAAGAAAUCGAGUUUUAGAAGAGUGCAAUCGUAUUGCACGCAGAGGAGACUUUUAA